GACAUGCUGCAUUCAUCUAGCUUUGAGCUCCCAUAGUACUCUUCCAAGCGCCAACUACGUCAUGCUCACCAGCGCGGCCUAUGACACCCUUUCAAGACAACGCUUUAGCUUCGUCUUGGUAUUCGGACGAUUUCUGCGCUCGUGUAAUCUUACUGCUGCCAUGGGCCCCAUAAAGUGAACCUGAUGCCCUACUCUCCAUCUCUUUGGCUAACCUGUAUCCCACGUUCUCCACGAUGUCGCGGAUCUCAACAUGUAUCGAGCUGCAAGGCUACCAUCAAACACCACAGACAAUCACGCAGCCGUCCAGUAUCCAUCAAGAAGGCAAUGACACACCACCAUUGGCCGAAGACUUGCAACCAAUCAAUGCGCCGAAGAAUGCUGUGUCUGCUGAGCUGCUCGAGGAGCCGGACAAGAGAACUGCGGCCAUCGUGCUGCUAACGGUAGUAUGUGUGACCAUGAUCAGCGCGAUGCUGGGUGGUGUCGUAGCAGUAGCGCUACCCUCGAUUGCAAAAGAGUUAGAAUUGGGAUCUGAUGUACUUCUUUGGCCUAUCUCAAUUUACGCUCUCACCUGUGGUUGUACGCUACUCCUGCUGGGCUCAAUCGCAGAUGUCGUCGGCUCAAGACCUAUGUAUCUGAUCGGCUGCUUCCUCCAGUCCGGCUUCACACUUGCCUGCGGCCUCGCAGAGACCAGCACGCAGAUCAUCGUCUUCCGUGGCUUCGCCGGAAUCGCCAUCUCGUUCUGUCUGCCUUCAGCAGUGAGCAUCAUCACUAGUACCUUCCCACAAGGCAAAAGCAGGAACAUUGCAUUUGCCUCAAUGGGUGGAGGUCAACCGAUCGGCUUCGGUGUUGGUCUUGUACUUGGUGGUGUUUUUGCAGAGACGAUUGGAUGGCGGUGGGCGUUUCAUAUAUCGGCCAUCAUCAACAGUGUGGUUUUCGUUAUAGCUUUGUUUGGACUACCAAAGGUUCAAGAUAAGAAAGAGGAUGUCUGGUCUCGCAUCAAGAACGACAUCGACUGGAUUGGGAUCGUUAUCGGCAGUGCUUCGGUUGUGCUUCUGUCGUACUGCUUUAGCGUCAUCUCCAAACGAACCGACAAAAUCAAAGAACCAGAAACACUCUCCACCCUCAUCCUCGGCGUAGCCCUAAUCCCCUCGUUCAUCCUCUGGGUCGGACGCCAAGAAAAACUCGGUCGUCCAGCCGUAAUCCCGAAUUCUCUCUGGCGCAACCGCAUUUUCAGCGUGGUCUGCGCCGGCGUCUUCAUCAUCUGGGGCACCUUCAACGCCAUCGAGACGUUUCAAACGCUGUACUUCCAGGAUGUUCAGGAGAUCUCACCCAUCCAGACGAGUUUGCGCUUCCUGCCUACACCUGUCAGUGGAGCGCUGUCUAAUGUGGUCAUGGGACUCAUUGCGCAUCGAGUUCGCGCUGACUGGGCUUGCCUCGUUGGUGUGGCGUUGACGAGUAUCGGGUCACUGCUUAUGUGCAUAAUUCAGCCGGAUUGGACGUACUGGGCCUGCGCUUUCCCAGCGGUGUUCCUCAAUCCUAUCGGUGCAGACGUACUCUUUACGGUCUCGAACUUGGUCAUCACUGCUGUCUUCCCAGCACGAGAUCAAGCGCUCGCGGGAAGUGUCUUCAACACCGUUGCGCAGAUUGGUAAGAGCGUUGGCCUUGCGACCAGUGCUGUCAUUGCAGGGAGCGUCACUCAACACUCAAAGAUUGCGGAUAAGGAGAGCCCGACAGCACUCAUGGAGGGCUACCGAGCUGCGUUCUGGUAUGUCUUUGCACUGAGUUGUGCUACAGGGGCAUUGUUUGCAUGGGGACUGCGAGGCAUUGGCAAGGUCGGUAUGAAGAGGGACUAGGCUUCAUAAGCUUGAUGUCUGCCAACAUUCAGUAUAGUGCGUGCAGUUACAGCAUAGUUGAUGGCGAGGCCUUCCAGCGAAACGCUAAGCGACAUUACAUUAUAUACAAGAAGAGCAUAAAUUUAUGCGAUACGCUUUGCGGCGUCGAUGACGUUUAUAC